AUCGCCGAUAACUUUCAUUUUCAUAUCUUCUGUUUUGCGAUAGGAUCGUGACUCAUCUCGUUUCUCACACCCCGGAUCUGGUGAUUUAAGGCGCUUUUUGAUGCUUUUCGAGUAACGGGUUUAUCGAUUUAGUGAUUGUUUAUGGAACGGGGUGGUGGUUCCGGUGCUGCGAAUACUCCUCUGAUUUUGAAGGAGAAGAGCGAUGGGGUUGCUAGGGCUGUGUCUUCUACUGGAACUAGACAGAAGAGAUCCAGAAUGGUUGGUAGUGAUUCCGAAUCAAGUGAUGAGUUUAUGAAACCACCUCCACGUACAAGUGGCGUUGACCGCAAAACCCUUGGGGCAAAAGACAAGUUUGUUCGGAAGAGGGAUCGAAAUGGGUAUGUGGGGAGGAACAAAGAGGCGUCAGGAAGUUUUAUGAAGAUGAACAAGUUAGAUGUUUUUGAGUUUGAUGAAUACGAUGGGUUUGAUAGCGCCAAUUUGAUGAGAAAACGCUUUGAUAAUGGCACUGUUGGUGUUAGCGGAAGAAGCUCUUUUGCAUCCAGAAGGGUUGAUAGUAGCGUGGGAAGGUCUGGAUCAGGCAGGGAUGGUCUAUUUGAUAGGAGGAGGAGAAACACAUUUGUAAAUGGCACAGGUAGUACGAGCUCACAGGAGGAUUCGAGUAGUGAAUCUGAUUCUGAUGAACCAAUGAGGGUGCAAGGGACAAACGGUGUUCUGAAGGUGAAGGUCAACAAUAAGACAAGCACUCCUGCUGCUUCAAUCAACCACCAGUACGCAGAAAUAUAUGAGAGACCGCUCUCCUUUAGGAAGGCACAAAGGCGUGAGAAUGUUGUAGUUAAACCAACCUUUAGGAAAUCAAAUAAUGUGGAGAAUAAUUCAGAGUCUGAAGAGAGCGACAUGCCGAGGAAAUCAAAAAGGCGGAAAUCAGAGUAUAGUAAACCCAAAAAGGAGAUCAAUACAAAGUCAAAAUCAACCUUUCCUGAAUCGGGGAAACCUGAUGUGAGAGAACGCUUUGAUAAUGGCACUGUUGGCGCUAGCGGAAGAAGCUCUUUUGCAUCCAGAAGGGUUGAUAGUAGCGUGGGAAGGUCUGGAUCAGGCAGGGAUGGUCUAUUUGGUAGGAGGAGGAGAAACACAUUUGUAAAUGGCACAGGUAGUACGAGCUCACAGGAGGAUUCGAGUAGUGAAUCUGAUUCUGAUGAAGCAAUGAGGGUGCAAGGGAGAAACGGUGUUCUGAAGGUGAAGGUCAACAAUAAGACAAGCACUCCUGCUGCUUCAAUCAACCACCAGGACGCAGAAAUAUAUGAGAGACCGCUCUCCUUUAGGAAGGCACAAAGGCGUGAGAAUGUUGUAGUUAAACCAACCUUUAGGAAAUCAAAUAAUGUGGAGAAUAAUUCAGAGUCUGAAGAGAGCGACAUGCCGAGGAAAUCAAAAAGGCGGAAAUCAGAGUAUAGUAAACCCAAAAAGGAGAUCAAUACAAAAUCAAAAUCAACCUUUCCUGAAUCGGGGAAACCUGAUGUGAGAGAGGAAAGAAGAGGAAGGCGUGGUGGUGGAACAGAGAAGCAAAGAUUACGUGAGCGAAUUAAGGGAAUGCUUACUGAUGCAGGAUGGACAAUAGACUAUAAACCUAGGAGGAAUCAAAGUUAUCAGGAUGCUGUAUAUGUAAACCCCUCAGGAACAGCAUAUUGGUCAAUAAUAAAAGCAUAUGAUGCACUUCUAAAGCAGUUAAAAGACGAGGGAGUUGAUGCCAGGCCUAGGAAAGAUACUGCUGCAGUUGCUUCAGUAUCGGAGGAUAUUGUGAACAAGUUAGCAAGGAAGGCAAAGAAGACCUGGACUGAGAUGACAAAGAAAUGGAAAAAAAAUUCCAGUGGUAGUGAUAGUGAAAACAAAAGUGAUGGAGGAGCCUACACUGAUACCUCUGAAGAGAGGAUGAUACGUUCAUCCAUAAAGCUGGGUGGGAAAUCGACCAAAAAGGGAAGAAAUGGAACUGAUUGGGAUGAGUUGCACACAAAAAGUAAAAGAUCAUUAUAUUUUAAUAGUGCAAGGCCAUUCUCUGAAUCAGAUUCACAUUAUCUACAUGGACGAAAAAGCAAAAAAAUUGGAAGAUGUACUUUGUUGGUGCGUAGUUCUAAGGAUAAAAAGAAUCCAGCGAUUGACGGGUUCAAUCCAUACUCUGGAAAAAGGACAUUGCUCUCUUGGUUGGUUGAAUCUGGAGUGGUCCAACUCAGACAAAAGGUGCAAUACAUGAAGUGUCGAGGUGCAAAGGUGAUGCUGGAGGGAUGGAUAACAAGAGAGGGUAUUCAUUGUGAUUGCUGCAGUAAAAUUCUCACAGUCUCCAGGUUUGAGAUUCAUGCUGGGAGCAAGUCAUGUCAGCCUUUCCAAAAUAUUUAUCUGGAAUCUGGCGCUUCUCUUCUUCAAUGCCAAGUCAGAGCGUGGAAUAUGCAGAAAGAUGCUACGAAUCUUGGUCUCCAUCAAGUGGACACUGACGGGGAUGAUCCAAAUGAUGAUGCUUGUGGUAUCUGCGGAGAUGGUGGAGAUUUGAUUUGCUGUGAUGGUUGUCCAUCAACAUAUCAUCAAACCUGCCUAGGUAUGCAGGUGCUUCCUUCGGGUGAUUGGCAUUGUCCAAAUUGCACAUGCAAGUUUUGUGAUGCAGCUGUGGCUUCUGGUGGCAAGGACGGAAAUAUUUUAUCAUUACUUUCCUGCAGCAUGUAUCAUCAAUCAUGCAUGAGUGAUGAAGCUCACAAGGUUCAAUCUCCUGGUUCAGCUUCUUCGUUUUGUGGGCCUAAGUGCUUAGAGCUCUUCGAAAAGUUACAGAAGUAUCUUGGUGUCAAAAAUGAAAUAGAAGGUGGCUACUCGUGGUCUCUUAUACAUAGGGUGGACACUGAUUCAGAUAUAAAUUCUCAAUUGUCGGCACAAAGAAUCGAAAAUAAUUCAAAGCUAGCUGUCGGGCUAGCUAUUAUGGAUGAAUGCUUUUUGCCCAUAGUUGACAGAAGGAGUGGGGUAAAUCUGAUUCGCAAUGUCCUUUAUAAUUGUGGAUCCAAUUUCAACCGGAUAAAUUAUACUGGCUUCUACACUGCUAUCCUAGAGAGAGGAGAUGAAAUUAUAUCUGCGGCAUCUCUCAGGUUCCAUGGUAUGGAAUUGGCAGAGAUGCCAUUUAUUGGAACCAGGCACAUAUACAGGCGUCAAGGAAUGUGUCGCCGCCUUUUUGAUGCGAUUGAAUCGGCUAUGCGUUCUCUCAAGGUUGAGAAAUUGGUUAUCCCAGCCAUUCCAGACUUCUUGCAUGCAUGGACUGGGAACUUUGGAUUCACUCCUCUUGAUGACUCAGUUAGAAAAGAGAUGAGGUCCCUGAACACAUUGGUAUUCCCUGGAAUAGACAUGUUACAGAAACCGCUGCUCCAUGAAGAAAACAUUAUAGCUCCUGCCGCUACAGGUGAUGCCAUGAUUUCAGAGAUAGAGACAGAAAAGAAAUCAGAAUUUCCCUCUUCUGUUGAAAUUGGUCCAUACUCCGUUGAGGGUGAUGAAUUUGUCGCUGAUGCUGCAAACUGCUACAAAAAUAUUCUUGCUUCUGAUGAAGACAAUAUUCUGGUACCAGUUGAAACAGCCAUGGGCUCGAUUUCCAAGCCGGAGGAUGAGUUGAGUAGACAUUUUCGCGGUGAAGAAUGUGGCAUUAGCUCUUCUUCUUGUAAGAUCACGUUAAAGUCUGGCACUAAGCAGGGAUUAGGUCAUAUAUGUGAUGAUACAGGAUCAUCAUGUGAAGAUGGCCUUACGGAUGUGAAUGUCGAAGCUGAUGCUAGCUUACUCUCUCAGGAAAUCCAACAAGCAUCAGCUAAUUUUCAGGUUGAAAACAAUCUCUCUUUAUCUAUUUCUGGUAGAGGAUCAUCAGAUUUGAGCUCUAUCUCCCAAGAAGCCAAGAGUGAGCAAACCUCUUCGAAUUUAGACGGGGUUCCUUCAUGUAAAGACUAUAACAUACUCGGUCCUGGUGCUAAGUUGGAUAAAUCGAAAGAUGAUGCAUUCGCGGAUGGUUUUCUUUUGUGAGGGGAAAAACCCUUGUUCUCGGGAUGAAAAUCUAAGCUCUUCAGGCUGUUCUCCUAGAGGAGGUAUAACAGCUCCCUGGAUUUGUUAGGACAUUUGGAUUGUCAUAACUUUCAAGCUGCAUUAUCCAGCAGUCGAGAUUCAGUUUCACAUAUCCCAUAAGAGAUUUGUGAUGAAGGUAUAUGCUUUACGCUGUAUUAUCCUUUGAG